AUGCCCGGGGGAUUCGAGAAGUCAGUAAAAGGGGCUACAAAGCUCAAGCUUGCGGCCCCUAAAUCCAAAUACAUAGAGAAUAUCCUCGUGGCAACUCAUACCGGCGAGGCAGGAGUCGCAGAGGUAUUCCGAACCCUCCAACUACGACUCCGAGACUCGGCAUGGACCAUUGUUUUCAAAGCGCUCAUAGUCCUCCAUCUCAUGAUCCGAGAGGGUCAACAGGAUGCUGCGCUGGGAUACUUGUCCGAUAACCCGAAGAAGAUCGCGCCCAGCAAUUUCUCUGAAGCCCAGUCCCAGGGACAUAAUAUCCGACGGUAUUCCGACUACCUUAUCGCGCGUGCCAGGGCGUUCGAGGCCACCAAGACCGAUCAUCUAUUGACGGAUGAGCCCGAGAACGAAAUCAGUCUGACCGCGUUCCGUCUCCUCACACUUGAUCUAUUGACUCUAUAUUCAGUCAUGAAUGAGGGCACGAUCAAUGUUUUGGAACACUACUUUGAGAUGUCGCGGCCGGAUAGCAUACGUGCCCUGGCGAUCUACAAGACGUUCACAAAGCAGACAGAAGAAGUGGUACAAUUUUUAGGAGUGGCAAGACAUUUCCAAUCUGCCACUCGCCUGGAGAUUCCAAAGCUCAAGCAUGCCUCUACGGACCUGGCGCGCCUUCUCGAGGAUGAUCUCAACGAUCCUGAUUUCGAUCUUCGCCGACGGGAGUACUUGGCCAAGAAAGGUGUACGUCUUCCACCCAGCAUGGAAGCCAGUGCGACCACAGAUGUAUCAAAGCCAACGUCGAACACACCGAUGUCGAACCCGUCAGCGUCAAACCCACCUAAGCAGGCCGAACAACCAAAGCCACCACCUGUGGACCUGAUCGACUUUUUCGAUUCAAUUGAGCAGAAUCAGCAGCCAAUGGCGCAACAGAACUCAAUGCAGUACCAGCAAACAGGGUUCCAACAGCAGCCACAGCAACCAUUCUAUCCCCAGCAGACUGGGUUCCAGCAGCAACCUCAGGCGAUUCAGCAGCAGCCCUUGGUAACUGGAUAUGGCCAGCCGACCCAAUAUGGAGCACCUUAUCAAGCACAAGACCCUAAUAAUCCAUUUGGGCAGCAGCAGCAACAACCACAGCAACAGCCGCCGCCACCGGCGCCGCUUCAAGCUAUGCCAACUGGCGCUGGAUUUGGAGGGUAUUCCCCCCAGCCACAGUCGUAUGGCUUCCAGUCGCAAUUGGCUCCUAUUCCGCAGGAAGGCAUUGCCGCUUUCCCUCAACAACAACAGCAAGCACCUCAGGCCUUGCAGCCCCAGCACACCAAUCCGUUCCGUCAAUCAAUGCUUAACUCUACCACGGGCGGUCAGCCACCCGCCGCUCCUCUAUCGCGACAGAACACGAACCCGUUCGCGAGACGACUAUCCACGGCAAACACGCAAUAUACUCCCUCAAACGAGCAAUUCCCGCCUACGCAACCACCACAAGCGCAGCCGAUCCAGCCUCAGCGGACGGGAACCAACCCUUUUGCGCGGGCCUCACCUGCUCCGCAGCAAGGUCUGCAACCCCCAGCAGCAGCCCCCUUGCGGCCUAACCCAACUGGUAGCACCAACCCUUUCCGACAGAGCCAGUUUAUCAAUCAGCAGACUGGACAAGGUUGGCAAAACACUCAGAGUGGUACAAUGGGUGGGUUAGAACAGCUGCCUACGGUCCCGGUAUUCCCGCGCCCCGGCGUGACCUAA